ACUGUACACCUCGUUAAAGAAUGGAAUUUAGAUUAUAUAUCAAAUUCCCGGUCUAAAUAUGAACCGAUUAGGUAAACCGUUGUUAACGACCAUGACAGAGGGCAGAUGAAGAAUCACAACUCGAAAGAUUGGUAUUCUGAUUUGAAGUUAAAAGAACCAUCAUGGCACCGUGGCAACCAACCCCAGCUUUUCUUACCUAUAUUUUAUUUUUCUUACUUCUAAUGGACGAAUGCUGGAGCCAAGGUGCGAGUGGUCGACGUGGAGCAAAUAUCCGGAAUUUUACAGAAGAUGAUAUAAGUGAGAUGUUAAAACUACAUAACGAUUAUCGUCGUCAAGCUGGUGCUACAAACAUGAGAAAAAUGGUGUGGAAUACAGAUCUACAGAAUUUGGGUCAAUCAUUUAUUGACAAUUGUAAUUAUGGGCACAAUCCCAACACUGGUGAUAUGUUUGGUUUUCGGCAUAUUGGCGAGAAUUUAUAUCUUUCCUCGGGCGAUUUUUAUAAUCUAAAGCCGGCUGUAGAUUUCUGGCACGGUGAAAUGGCUGAUUACAACUUUACUACUGGCGAUUGUUCUAAUGUCUGUGGGCAUUAUACACAGGUUGUAUGGGCUGGGAGUCAUGAGUUGGGUUGUGGUAUAAUUUGGUGUGAAACAUUAACAGGAGCAAAUACUAUUACACAAGGAACUAUCAUAAUCUGUAAUUAUGGUCCAAGUGGUAAUGCUGGACAUGAGGAUCCUUUUGAAGCUGGUGCAGCUUGCGCAGCUUGUCCUGCAGAUGCACCGUAUUGUGAGGACGGUUUGUGCUCGGCUACGGAUGCCUCGGGAGCAACCACUACGCCUCCAGCAAUGGAUGUCACGGCACCGACUACAACGACAUCCACAACAAUGACAACAACUGCUACGUCAUCCACAAAUGACCAAUCAACGGCUGAAUUAUUACCAGCCACCACUGACGGUGACAAUAUCAUUACAGCGACAGAUGUAACGGAAAUACAGAAACUGGACGUCAUGACUCAACUGGUUCAAAAUAUUGUCAUUUUCGGAUUCGUUUCCGGAGCCUUGUCGCUGUGUUUGAUUUUCCAAUAUGUCAACAAUUAUGUGAAUAACAAAAAAGAGGAGAGGGAAGCAAGGCAAUUAAAAGGUGUUUAGUGUUUAUGGUGGCUUGUAAUUUUAUAAAAAGAUAUUGGAUACGAAACUACGGACUGUAAUUCUGUAAACAUUUAUUGGAUAUGAAAUUAAGGAUUUUGUAAACAUUUAUAGGGAACGAAACUAUGGAUUGUAAUUCUGUAAACAUUUAUUGGAUAUGAAACUACGGAUUUUGUAAAUAUUUAUUGGAUAUGAAACUAUGCAUUGUAAUGUUUUAAACUUUUAUUGGAUACGAAGCUACUGAUCGCAAUCGAAACUAGACAUUUAUAAGAUACGAAACUACGGAUUAUAAUUCUGUGAACAUUUAAUGGAUACGAAUCUACAGAUUGUAAUUCUGUUGACAUUUAUAGGAUACGAAACUACGGAUAAUAAUUCUGUAAACAUUUAUUGGAUACGAAACUACAGAAACUAUGGAUUGUAAUUGUGUAGACAUUUAUAGGAUGCGGAACUAUGGAUUGUAAUUUAUUGGAUACGAAACUGCGGCAAUAAUAUGUUAUGUGAAGUGGCAUAAGAUGUUUGGGGCUCGUGCAAGACAGCGAUUGCUACAGUGUCUCUUUUAACUGAUGACUAUUUUAAUUGAAACAUUACGCAAAGAACCAUAACUCUGUGUUACCGGUGGACUUUUUAAAUGAAAUUGAUUUACGCAAAGACGUCGUGUUGGCAUGUUCUAACUAUAGCCUUCAACACCUUUGCUUAUAGGCCCUACCAAUUUUUACUUAACUUAGGAAUUAUUUAGAUUUUUUUAGUUAUCUGAAGAAUUAUUCACUUAACUUAGGAAUUAUUUAGAUUUUUUUAGUUAUCUGAAGAAUUAUUCACUUAA